ACAAUUAUGUAUGUUGGUGUGGCAGUGACAAGUCUUCUUGCCAAAAUUGGACAGUGUAGCUGUUUUUUAAAGUCAUUUUUUUUUUUAUAAGAACCUGAUUAAUACCAACAUGUAAGUGUUUUGUUAUAGUUUUAAAGUAUAACAGUUUAAUCACGACAACCUUUUUUUAAGAACCCUGACAUGUCUGGUCCUACCUGGCCGCCUCCAAAGACUCUGGGUAGCCCGGAGAGACCCGUCCCCCAGAUGUCCCAAUCUGGACCAGCCGUGUACAGACAGCCGCCCAAGAAGGUCUCCUCAGACACCCGGCCCAAGUAUGUGGUCCAUGACCAGAACAGAGGAGGAGGUGGAAUGGCCACUAGGUACAUGGCUUCUGGACCCACAGCUGGGCCCAUGCAGCAGCACCACCAAAAGGACCCAGGGUUUCACCCUAAAUCUAUUGACCACUACUACCAACCACCUCCCCAAGGGCUCGAAGAAGACCAAUCCUUCAACCCUCACAUGGACCGCUACCAGCUGAUGUCACCCAUCUUCAUGUGACCCUGCAAAAAAAAAAUGAAGUACCAGGGACCUCCUGAGAAGCCGAUUGGACACCAUUCCAUCAUCGAUGCAGAGAUUGACUUGCUCACCUGCAUGCUGGAUGAUCUGGACAGCUAUUCACAAAACAGCACACAGCUGUACGACAACGUGCCUUACAACAAACACAUCACAGGGGACCACUACAAACCCUCAGCCCAGCCAGGAGCACCCUCUCAGGGCAGGUUGUUCAAGGGUCUCCCACCUCACCCCCAACACCAGUACCGUCCUACACCCCCAUUCCCCAGAGAUCCCCUGUACUUCACCCAGCCAGACUACGCCGAUGCCCAGGUCUCCAAACCUUACCCCCAGCCUGUCCCUUCCUCCUACACUACAGCCUCCACCACUACUCGCCCGAGGAUUCGCGUCCAGGACAAAACAGCCCAGCCUGUAACCUACUCCCAGACAGGUAGGCGAGCUGAGCAGGGUUACACCCCUCCCCCACACCACCAGAACGCUUUGCGGCCCUCGCCACAGAAUCAGACUGUCCCUCAUGGCUGGUACCCUUCCAACCCUGCUUCCCAAGCCCAGGAGCUACACUCUGAGAGGCGUUACAAGGGGAGUGCCGCAGGGUCUGGAGGGAGAGCUACCCAGUGCCCCACGUCCAAUAGAGGCACAGAGACUAAAAAAUCCGGGUCAUGUUCGGCACCACACUCCGCCUGUCAGCCCAGUAAGCAGGGGACAGCAGCUUUGAGACCAGAGGAGGAGUUGGACCAGCUCACUAAGAAGUUUGUGUAUGACAUGAAUCAUCCCCCUGCCAAAGAAUACUUUGGUCGCUGUGCACGUUGCGGUGACAACGUCCUUGGCGACGUUAGCGGCUGUAUCGCCAUGGAGCAGGUGUUCCACGUGGAGUGUUUCACUUGCAUCACCUGCCACGCCUGUCUCAUGUGGAAACCGUUCUAUGCCCUGGACAAGCAGAGCUACUGUGAGAGCUGUUACAUUAAUACCCUAGAGCGCUGCUCCAAGUGCUCCAAACCCAUCCGGGACUAUAUCCUGCGGUUCAUGGGCAAGGCCUACCACCCGCGCUGCUUCAACUGCGUGGUCUGUGGCUGCUGCCUGGACGGCGUGCCCUUCACCCUGGAUGCCACCGCUCAGAUCCACUGCCUAGAUGAUUUCCACAGGAAGUUUGGCCCUUGCUGCUCAGUGUGUGGCCAGGCCAUCAUGCCUGAGCAGGGCCAGGAUGCAGCGGUCUGUAUAGUGGCACUGGACCGCAGCUUCCACGUCAACUGCUAUGGGUGUGAGGAGUGUGGUCUGCGCCUGUCGUCUGAGGGCGAGGGGCGAGGCUGUUACCCCUUGGACGGUCACAUCCUGUGUAAGGGCUGCAGCGCCCGGCGCAUCCAGGGCCUCUCUGCCAAUAUCUCCACUGACUGCUAACCAACUAUAGGAAGUCACCUUCUACCUUUAACCUAUGACCCCCUCAACCCUUCCAUUACUUUCACCUGCUCUGGGGUAGGCGUUAGAGAUCUGGAAUCAGUCCUACUCCUCUGAUACAUAACCUUUAACCACAAGGGGGAAUGUAAACCUGACUGUGUCUAAGGGCAUCUUCAUCCCCCUUCAAUUUCAUCCUCUCAGCCUUUCUUCAUAUGCCCAAAGAUGAAGAAUCAGUAGUAGUUGGCCUAUUGAACCUCAAUAUGACAGUCUUCAAUAUGAAGUCAUUAUUUAAUUUCCCUUGACCAGGUUUGUUGGAACAGGAUUACAGGUUAUUGAAACAUGGAUUGACAAUAAAUUUGACCCCUAUGCCUUAUCCUCUGAAUCAUACGAUCACAUUCUCUCUAUUCCUACUCCCGUCCCACUACACCCUAUUCCCUACCCCUCAGUCCAAUACCAGUACUGGAUAGAGCCCCUAAUCUGCACCCCCACCCCCCACCCCAUCCCAAACACUUGACGGCACCACUGCUCAACUCACACACUAUCCUUCAUGUUGCACACUGUCUCACGCACACUAUCCUUCAUGUUGCACACUCUCACAUACACACUAUCAUGCCAGACACAGGUGGGACAUGGAAGGAGCUCUAUGGAAAAUAAUGAUUGAUUGAUAUUGACUAUGGAGGAAUACUAUACGUACUAUAAUUAGGUGAUAUUGAGGAAGAGGAGGAUAAUGGCGAUGAAUACAAUAUCUUCCUGGCUGUGGGGUAACUGACCAGUCCAGAUAAUGGAACAUUAUAUUUUGUGUGUUGUGCAGUCAUGUGUUUUUAGAAAGUAGAUGGAAAAAGAGAUUGGUUAGAGAAGCAGAUCACUAAAGUUGAUGCUUUAUUAUUGGAUGUUAAUACAAUAUAUAGGCUGUCAUAUAAUGAUAUCUUGCACUGUAUGUCAGAACUUAACAUUUAAUAUUUUAUUCCACUGGACAGCAAUUUGUGUACUGCAUUUUAGAUAAUGUUACUUGUAUACCAGUCCAAACCCCCUCUUUUAAAAUGUUCAUGUGGUUUUUUUCCUUUUUAACAUUUGGGUUGAUUUGAUACGUUACAAUGAAGAUGAAUAAGGUGCAAUGAAAUGUUUGCCCUUAAAUCACUGAGAAACUGCGAUCUCCAUGCUGGCCACGUGGGCUGAGAACAUCCUAAUAUGGGUUUUUGUUUAAGCUUAGCCUUAGGAGUUAGAUUUGUUGGCAAUGUUUAAGUAACUCUGAGUUAUUCCCAAAUUGUAAUUUGUCAAUUUAGUUUGUCAUUUUGUCUUGUAAUUUAAAAACUGCUAGUAUGGUUUGAUGGGUUUGAAGCUUCUCUUCCAACUACAAGACCCUUAAAAUAUCAAUUAUAUUGUUUUUUGGGGUCCAGAUUCAUGUCUUGUUUCAGUAUUUGAUUCUUCUAAGAGUAUAGGUCAAUGAGCACAAUGAUACGAAGGUCCUUGUUUUGAGCCCUAUAAGUUGCAUUUUUCACUUUAUUUAUUUCAACUCCUGUUGUUCUGCUAUUGUCACAAAGUUGAUGUUUAUCUGUGAUUAUGAGGGUAAGGGUCAUCACUUUGUUUUCACUGUGUAAUUUUGUUCCACAGCAUCCUAUUGAUAAGUACUGCAGAAUAAUAAUUUGUCCAUGAGAGGAAUAGACUGAGCAGGUGGUUUGUACAAUUUGACUCAAGUUAGAAGUAGGUGUGUGUGAAUGAUUAGCUUCUUUUUCCUCUCUAAUGCCGAUUGUAGUAUGAUCAAAGACAAUAAACCAUCCUUUUUUCCAGCAAACUACACCAUGUGUAUGUCUUGCUAGACUGCUGUACUAGACCCCAACCUAUGGAAAGGCACCAUACUUAAAUUAAUGUUCCAAGUUUAUUUGAUUUGAGGUCAAGCAUAACCAACAUUCUAGACCUUAAACAAUGCAACAAAUUAAGUAGCUGUCAUUUACAGUACCUGUGUGACAAUGUAAAAAAUGUGUCUUUAAAUGAUCCAAGGAGAAGAGGGGCUGCUUGGUGCUGGCACGCUAACAUGAUGUGAAAGUCAU